GCGACAGGUAAAGUAAAACCGACGCCGUUUUAAAAGCCAGUGCCUUUACGCUAUCCGUUGAAAAGGGAAUACAAAGUCUCGAUUUUUUUUUCCGAUACUUGAACGGCCAGAUUUUAAGGUUCCUGUCAUGUCUGAUUGCGAAAUCGCUUUUUUCUUCUUCCUGAGUUCCUUUUUUUCUCCGAUGAAAUUUUAACCGUGAUGAUGAUGAUCAUAAUGAAACAGAUAUGAGCAAGAAAAAUCUAGCGAUUCUGUUGCGUGCUAGAAUGAGAUCCAACAAUCCCUCCAAAUUUUCCCUCUCUCAAUUUCCUAAGGAAAUUCAAUCUAAUCCUCAAGAGAAUCAUUCUAGAGAUCACAUUGUGCAAAAUUCUAAUGAUUUUGGUACCACUGGAAGGGUUUAUGAUGUUGUUCGAGAGACAAUGCACUCAGCUAUCUCAGCUAGUAAAACUGGUGUAUUAGACAUUACUCUUAAUGAUUUUCAAGAGGGUUACUUUAGCCUUUCGCUUGAAGACCGCGAGAAGUUACUGCUUGUUUUAGCCAAGGAGUAUGAUGUUAACCGAGAGCAAGUCCGAGAACUUGUUAAGCAAUAUCUUGGACUUGAAACUCCAGCUAGUGAUGAUGAUAAGGGGGCUUUAUCUUCUGUUUUCUAUCGCAUUGAGAGGAAUCUGAGGCAUGCUCUUAGGCCAACAUAUGAAGUUUUAUUUGAGAGGUUGAAUACACAUCCUGGAGGGUUGAGAUUUUUGUCCAUCCUCCGAGCUGAUCUUCUGUCGAUACUCUCAAAAGAGAACACGCCGUCUUUGCGAACAUUAGAUUCUUUUCUGAAGGAGAAACUCGGUAUGUGGCUUAGUCCUGCCACUUUAGAGCUUCAUCAAAUUACUUGGGAUGAUCCUGCUUCAUUGCUUGAGAAAAUUGUUGCAUAUGAGGCGGUGCAUCCAAUCAGCAACCUCUUGGAUCUUAAAAGAAGAUUGGGAAUAGGCCGUCGAUGCUUUGGAUAUUUUCAUCCAUCUGUUCCUGGUGAGCCACUUAUUUUUAUAGAAGUUGCUCUUAUGGAGACUGUUGCUCAGACAAUUCAGGAAGUUUUGUGGGACAAUCCUCCCAUACCAGAGAACCAAGCAACAUGCGCUUUAUUUUACUCUAUUUCUUCAACUCAGCCUGGCUUAGCUGGGAUAAACCUCGGAAAAUUUCUGAUCAAACGAGUGAUUACGUUGGUGAAAAAAGACAUGCCACAUGUUUCUACAUUUGCAACACUUAGCCCCAUUCCUGGAUUCAUGCAAUGGCUCCUCUCGAAGUUAUCAUCUCAGUCAAGAUUUGCUGAAGAUGAGCGUGGUACACAGAGCAAUUCGCCUUCAUCUACGUUUAGUGAGAAAGUAUUACUACCAGAAGAGGAACAUGCCCUCAUGACUCUAUCAGAUGAAUCUUCAUCCGGUAGCAACGGUAUGGAAGUUCUGUUGAAUUUGCUAUCAGUAAAGAACUGCGAUUGGGCUACUUCGCCUCGCCUAUUACCAGUUUUAGAACCUAUUCUUAUGCGGUUAUGUGCUAGGUACCUCUUGCAAGAGAAGAAGAGAGGAAAAGCUUUAGACUCUGUUGCUAACUUCCACUUGCAAAAUGGAGCGAUGGUUGAAAGAAUAAAUUGGAUGGCGGAUCGAUCAGAGAAAGGUAUUCGUCAAAGUGGAGGCAUUAUGGUAAACUAUGUCUAUAGGUUAGAGAAUAUCGAAGACUAUGCUCAAUCGUAUUUUGGGUCGGGCAAAAUCCAUGCCUCUCCCGGUAUCCAUUCCCGUCUCUAGGUAACUCCGCAAAGAAAAUCGGGUUUUGAUCGAUUUGCAGGUAAAAAAAACUAAGGUAUCAAAACCUGGGAGUAACAUAGCACAAUGGUAUGUAUAUGUAUGUACAAACGGUUUCAAGUGUGUAUACUCUCAAGACUCUAUAUAUAUGAAUGUGAUUCGAAGAGAUAU